AUGAACACCCCACUCGAAACCACAUUGCAAACCAGCCUCGACAACCGCGCCAAGAUUGGCAUGCCAGUACGAGAUCUUCUUCACCCAGCAGCCCCCACCAAUGUCCCCGACUUUUUCUCCAAUGACUACCUCUCCAUUACCACCAAUCCUCAGCUGAACAGUAAUGUCCUCGGCGCGCUCAUCCCAGCCAAGAAACUGCUUGGAUCGACCGGUUCUCGUCUGCUCAACGGGAACAGUCCGGGCCAUGCAGAGACGGAGAAAUACCUCCAGUCCUACUUCAACGCUCCUGCAGCUCUCAUAUUCACCUCUGGCUACGACGCGAACGUCGGGUUCUUCGGGUGUGUACCCCAGGCAGAGGACAUCAUCGUCUUCGACGAACUCAUCCACGCGUCGGUGAGGGAUGGGAUCACCGCGGCGCGGACGCGUAACGCGUAUUCCUUCGCCCACAACUCUGUCGCGUCUUUGGAGAACUGCGUAGCCGAGCUCUUGAAGAAGCGUCCGGAGAUUUUGGCUGGCAAAUCUAUGGUUUUUGUCGCGGUGGAAAGCUUGUACAGCAUGGAUGGAGAUUUCUCUCCUUUGCCGCAGAUUAUUGAGACUCUCCGUCGGUAUAUACCGAAGGCGUAUAGUCAUAUGGUCGUGGAUGAGGCGCAUACUACCGGAUUGUACGGCCCGAUGGGACGGGGAUAUGUGGAACAACUAGGGUUGCAGAACGAGGUGGACACGGUCCUUCAUACAUUCGGAAAAGCCAGAGGCUUGACGGGAGCCGUAAUUCUCACGUCUCCAAUUAUCCGGAAGUACCUAGUCAAUUAUGCUCGACCUUUGAUCUACACGACGUCGAUGCCUCAUCUCCACCUCAUAGCUAUCAAAAGCACGUUCGAGUUCAUUUCGGGAACUGAAGGUGACAGGCUUCGUGAACAAGUUUACAACUGCAGCCAGUACUUUGCUACCAAGCUCCAGCAAGCUUUGAAAGGCGUUCCAGAAUCUGUCCUAGCCAUAUGUGGGGCUGAUAGAAGCAAGGAUCCUCUUGUCUCGCCAAUAUUCCCCUUGCUCACAAGCCAGUCGCUGAACCUCGCGAAAUACCUCAAUUCGAAGGGAUAUGCUGCCCAAGUGAUUCCUUUCCCUGUCGUACCGAGAGGCCAGGAGCGCGUUCGAGUGGUGAUCCAUGCGGAAAACACCCGAAAUGAUAUCGACACCUUUGUCGCUAUCCUCCUUGAUUGGGCGACGUUUGAGGGACAGUCGAAGAAUACCAAAGUCGGAAGCAUCACUGAACAUAGCUCUAAGGCGAUGUUGUAA